CAGUGCCAGCCAGAGCCAGCCAGCCAUUUCGCCAAGUUGAGACUGCUUAAUACAUUUAUUAUUGUUCCUUUUUACUAUAAACGUUCACCACUAUUUAUUUGAAAAUGUGAAGGUUCUUUUGUUUGAUCGUGUAAUAUUCAUUAUGGGAACUAAUGGAAAUGGGAGACGUGCAAGAGUAAAACUGCCCGUAACCGUAGUACAUAAUAACAACCGUCGCACCAUGGAAGAAGGAGAUUGUGUGAAUGAUAUGGAGAGCCCAGAGCUGGAUUUCGUAUACGAUGACUGCGACACACAAGCUAACGAGAUAGCAGAGCUAUAUAGUUACACGGAACACCCCGAAUUUCAGCUCAAUGUAAAAGCUUUCGAAGAUAUAAUGGAGGAAUUCAACUUUCCUCCUAGUUGGCAAAGACUCACAAAUAUGCAACAACGAACAGUGAUAAUGAAGUUAUUGGAACACUUGGAUGUCGCUGUGACUGAGAUCCGCAUGCGGGCUACGAGAUGUAUUUUUUAUCUAGCACAGGGAUGCUGGGCUGAAAUGCAAUCUGAUUCAGAGCAAGCCCAUUGGGCUCGCAUAAAUAUCAUGACUUUAUACGAUAUGGGCACAUUUGCCGCAUUUGUUGAACUUUUGAAUUUAGAAAUAGUUCACAGCAAUACUGCUAUAGCUUCCAGGAAAUUAGCUGAAUCUUUGGCAGACUCAACCAAUCUACGAGUAAUUUUAUCAGUAUUAUAUUUGAUUACAGAAUAUAUGAGAACUGAGAAAGACAACCCAGAAUCUGAAUAUGCUCACUUAGUGAAAAACUUUAAAGAAGAACUAGGCACUCCAUUUGGAGAUGAAUUACUGCCUGUUAAGUUGCUAAGUAUGGUGACUCACUUGUGUGCUGGAACAACUCCACAUUUUCCCAUGAAAAAAGUGCUUCUUUUAUUAUGGAAAGUGCUCCUUGUCUAUUUGGGUGGUUCAAAAGAGUUGAAAGAGAGAAAAUUGAAGCUCAGAGAAAAAUAUGGACUGGAACCAUUAUCUGAAGACACUCUGGAAAUUAUUAAAGGAAUGCGUGCCAGUUCACCUCCUCCCAGUGCAGCUGAUAUGCUGGAAAAUCAGAAUCCUGGCCAGAGAAAACUGAAUGUGAAAGAUGUCAAUGAAAGAGCUUUACGGCGGCAAACUUUUAUGAAACAAACUUCUUUGGAUGAAUCUGAUGAACAAAUAUUUGUUGACAAAGAAGAAACUGGCAAUGGUUCAGAAGAUUAUUCUAUGGAGUUCCAGUCCAUGCCUUCUGAGAAUCAGAGAAAUGAAAACCAACAAUGUCCAUAUUACAUGUAUUUCAAACAGUUUGAUAGUCCCCCUCCACCGCCACCCUUGCCAAGAAGUCUACCGUGGCAGUCUAAAGUGCGUCAAAGAGAUAUUGACAUGUUUUUGGAUAAUGUCCGGAUAAAAUUUGUGGGAUAUUCUCUACCAGGAGAUAGGCAAACUAUUGCAGGUCUACCACAGCCUAUACAUGAGGGAAUAGAAAUAUUAAAAAAACACAUGUAUACAAGUUUAUCAGAAAUUCAGGUAGAAAGAGAAAUGGAAAUAGCUCGAAGUCCACUCACAAAGGGAGAGAAAGAAGUUGAAGAAACAGAAGCUGAAAUACUCUACAGAGCUAUGCUCCCAAACCUGCCCCAGUAUAUGAUUGCUUUGUUGAAAAUUUUGCUUGCUGCAGCACCAACAUCUACAGCUAAGACUUAUUCAAUCAACAUAAUGGCAGACUUGCUGCCUGAGGAAAUGCCAAUGACAGUUCUACAGUCACUGAAACUUGGUAUAGAUGUCAAUCGCCAUAAAGAGAUUAUUGUCAAAGCUGUUACAGGCAUUUUAUUAUUGCUAUUGAAGCAUUUCAAGCUAAAUCAUGUUUACCAAUUUGAAUUUAUGUCACAACACUUGGUGUAUGCUAACUGUAUGCCUUUGGUAUUAAAAUUCUUCAAUCAAAACAUUCUGUCUUAUGUGGGAGCCAAGAACUCCAUUCCUAUAUUUGACUUCCCUGCAUGUGUCAUUGGAGAGCAACCAGAAUUGACUAAAGAAUGUUUGGAUAUUGGAGAUUUAUCAGUCCUAUAUUCAUGGAGGAAUGUCUUCUCAUGCAUCAAUUUAUUAAGAAUUUUAAACAAACUGACAAAAUGGAAGAAUGCUAGAAUCAUGAUGUUGGUUGUUUUUAAAAGUGCGCCCAUAUUGAAGCGGACACUCAAAGUCAGACAUGCACUGAUGCAAUUCUAUGUAUUGAAGUUACUUAAAAUGCAAACAAAAUACUUGGGUAGACAAUGGAGAAAAACAAACAUGAAAACAAUCAGUGCUAUUUAUUCUAAAGUACGACACAGGCUCAAUGAUGAUUGGGCAUUUGGGAAUGAUGUUGACGCAAGACCCUGGGAUUUUCAAGAUGAGGAGUGUGCUCUGAGGGUCAGUGUGGACCGUUUCAAUCACAGGAGAUAUGGCACUGGAGGAGACCAAGAGAUAGAUCUGACACCGCUUGAAACUGAUAUAAACAGUGUUCUUGAAGGUAACAUAGACCUUGAUGAUGAAUUUAAGGAAAACUAUGAGGCUUGGCUUGAACAGGAGGUUUACAAUAAUGAGAUUAAUUGGGAUAUAUUAUUGGCAGCAUAAUUAAUAUGUUAUAUGUCAUUUUUAGACUAAAAUACUUGUUUUUGUUGUUCAAUAACCAAUUUGAUUGACUCAUUACUCUGUAAAUUAACAAUUAUCAGGUGCACCUAGUUUGUGAUCAUCAUUUUUCAUAAAACAUAUCUACAAGUUCGUAUUGUGAAUUUGUAGUCUUCAAUUUUUUUUCAGUAAUAGAGACAGACUAGAUCAUGGUUUAUUUAUUAUGCAUGUUUCAAUAAAAUUUAUGAUAAUUUCUAGUUUUUAAAUAUGUGUAACUACUAUUAUUAAAAUUUCACAUUGUAUAUUUAUAUGCAAACAAGACUAACUGUAUUAAAUGUGCUUACACUUUUAUGAUAUCUUGACAUAACAAAUAUCUGUUUGUUAUCUGUCACAGUAAAACCCUGAAGAGCGGCUACACCUAGUAUUGGCCGGUCUUCUUUGGUCACAUGUAGUUAAAUGUAGAUUUAAGAUAGGUUAAUUCGUGUACAUUCAUUUUUUCAGACCUGACAUGAAUACUAGUACCUUAAUAUGCAUGCAUACGAUUUUCGACCUCAAUGAAUUCAUCAAUCAAAAAUAUAGGUUACCAUAUUUUUGAACUCUUAUUGUGUGAGACUACUGCAUCUUACAGUGUAUAAAAGUCAAAGAAAACAUAUUAAGUCUUUGGCCUUAAGACAAUAAUAGGUCGAUAGUAUGUACUCGUAUUUAGGUACUAGUAUUCAUACUAGUAAAGAAGACUUAAUACGUUUUCUUUGACUUUUAUACACUGUAAAAUCUUAAAAACGAAUGUACACGAAUUAGCUUAAUCUUAAAUCUAUGUUUAACCAUCUGUAACAACUGCACCAGUCUAGCCGGAGAUAAACACGAUACACCUAGGUAUAGCCAAUGAAGACCGGCUGCACCCAGGUCUAACCGAAAUGAUAAAGGCUAAACUUAACGUAAGCAGGCUAUACCUAGAUGUAGCCAAUUGAGACCUAGAUCUAGCCAGCUAAACCUAGGUCUAGCCGCAAUUCGGGAUUCAGCUGUAAACAUAUCUGUAUAGUUUUGUUUACAUAUAAGUAUGUGUCGUAAUGUUGGGAUAAGAAACAAACUUAUUAUUAGAUUACCUUAAUGUGUAACAAAAGAUGAAUUAUAGAUCAUGUUAGUUGAAAUUGAGUGUAGUUAAAAGCAAUAUUUCGUCUGUAAGGCUGAAAUAAGUAUGUGUCGAGUUAUGUUACAAAGAGUACUACUUAAUGAAAUGAAUGCAAUUUCACAUUUUUUACUUUUUUCAAAUAUCGAUUCUUUAGUUAUAUAUUCCAUAUAUAUGUAUAUGUAAAGGAAAAUAAAUUUUAAACCAAUGUAAA